UAUCACCUAUUGCGUUCUGGAAAGCCGCUAGAGACCGGGGAUGUAUACGAACAGGGUUAACGUCUCGUCGAAUCGGGCCAGUCCAAUAUUAUCUCGCCGUUUCGUCUAAAGAGGCAUCCCCUUUGCGCAACACCACUUUGGCAUCGUGAUAUCUGACAAUGGCCCAUCUGAAAUACGGAUAUCUGCUCAGCGCUGCGCUGGCGGCCGCAGCUGCAGGAGUUGCGCCACAAGUUCCAGACGGAGCUGUGUUUGUUCCCCUGAUUCGCAAUGACAAACUCGAUGCCUAUUAUGCAGAGCUCACUGUUGGCACGCCGCCUCAGAGUGCUUUUCUAAAGAUUGAUACGGGUAGUCCGACGUUCUCGUUUCAAGCGAGAUCGAAUCCGGUAUGCGAGAGAGCGGAUAGGCCGUGUGAUUUAUUCGGCGCUUUCGAUAACACGACGUCGUCAACUUCAAUUUAUCGUGGCACUGGGUUUGCUGAUCAGUUGAGUACCCACGGCAGCGGUGAUUAUCAGGAAGAUACUGUUACCAUCGGGGGUAUCACGACGGAGAACAUGUACUUUGGCUAUCUUUUGAGAUAUGGGUUCCCAGAUCGUGCACCUGUACCGGCUGCGACAAUCCUCGGUUUGAGUCUCGUAUGCAACGCAACUAGUUGCGGAGGAGAAGGUCCUUAUCUGUUGGAGAGACUCCACGAUGCUGGUAAAAUUGACCGCAAGGCUGUAAGCAUAUACCACGGACCUGAUGAAUACGACGCGACGGGUUCGAUGGUUCUGGGUGGAUAUUACGACGAGGCCAAAAUCGGGGGUGAUCUUUUCACCGUCAAUAUGAGUGAUCCGCUCAACUCUUCUCUGUCUGGCGGUCAAACAAAUAGCGCAAAUGUGACCGCACUGAAGGUCAAUGUUGAUGGCAAUACGACCACCCAGCAGUUUGGAGAAGAAAAUAUUGGCGUUCCUGUUCUUUUAGACAAUGGUGUCGCGAACUGGUACCUACCUGAGUCCAUCGCGAACCUUGUUUACCCGGCCCUGGAAGUCGAGUUCAACGCGGGUCGCCAAACACAGCCCGUAGACUGCAAAUACCUCGACCCAAAUGUCGCCAAAGGAUCCAUAACCGUGGAGUUCGGUGCUGCUGGUGAAAUCGAAGUGCCGUUCAGCUCUCUUGUAACCCCGUUCCCCGACGGUACCUGUGUCACGUUUCUCUAUGCAAGGAGUCCUUCCGACAUCUUCAUCUUUGGAGAUGGGUUUCUUCGCAGCGUUUACUCCAUCUUCGAUCAAUCGAGUUAUACAAUCACCAUGGCUCCGGUGAAAUAUACGGAUGAAGUUAGCUUGGUGGCGUUUCCCGAGGGUGGUUUCAAAGCGUAAGGAAUCUU